AUGACUUACUUGAACAAAGGCCAGUUUUAUGCCGUCACCCUAAGCGAAACUGGAACCAAUAAGUGUUUCAGGCACCCUAUCUCAAAAGUUCGGAGCGUGAUCAUGGUUGUGUUCAGUGAGGACAAGAACCGCGAUGAACAAUUGAAAUACUGGAAGUACUGGCACUCGCGGCAGCACACUGCAAAGCAGCGCGUCCUAGAUAUUGCUGACUACAAAGAGAGUUUUAACACCAUUGGGAACAUUGAAGAAAUAGCCUAUAAUGCUGUGUCCUUCACUUGGGAUGUGAAUGAAGAAGCCAAGAUUUUCAUCACUGUGAACUGUCUCAGUACUGAUUUUUCCUCUCAGAAAGGGGUGAAAGGUCUUCCUCUCAUGAUUCAGAUUGACACAUACAGCUAUAACAACCGCAGCAACAAGCCAAUCCACCGGGCCUACUGCCAGAUCAAGGUCUUCUGUGAUAAGGGAGCAGAGAGAAAAAUCCGGGAUGAAGAAAGAAAACAGAACAGGAAAAAAGGAAAACCUCAAACAACAUCGGCACAAACACCAUGCACAAAUAAUUCUGAUACAAAAAUGACAGCCAUACCUCUACAGAAAAAGAAUGACAUCACCUUCUUCAAAACCAUGUCUGACCUGGACUCCCAGCCCGUCCUCUUCAUCCCGGAUGUUCACUUUGGGAAUUUACAAAGAACUGGACAGGUUUUCUACAAUACAGAUGAUGAAAUAGAAGGGAGCAGUGUGCUGGUGAAGAGAAUGCUCCGUCCUGUUGAGGAAGAAUUUGGUCCACCUGCACCAAAGCAAAUGAAAGAAGCAAACAAAAAAGUUCUUCUUUAUGUAAGGAAAGAAACAGAUGAAGUAUUUGACGCGCUCAUGUUAAAGUAUCCUACAGUGAAGGGGCUAUUAGAAGCUAUCUCAGACAAAUAUGGCAUCCCUGUUGAAAAAAUUGUGAAAAUUUAUAAGAAAAGCAAAAAAGGUAUCUUAGUUAAUAUGGAUGACAACAUCAUUGAGCAUUACUCCAACGAGGACACCUUCAUACUGAAUGUGGAAAGCAUGGUGGAACAAGGCUUCAAGAUCACACUGACGGAAAUCUAA